AUGAGUCAAAAUCUAAGUCUACCAGAAACUAAACAUGAAAACCCUCAUUCUCCGCAUAGAGAUUGGUUAGACAAGUUCAUAGAGUAUAAACUUAGAGGCUCUUCUAUCGAAAUUAGGAGUACCCUUCUUGUAGUCGUUAUACUCAUCACGACUGCAACAUAUCAAACCUCGCUUAGUCCUCCUGUAGGACUUUGGCAGGACACAGGCAAUAGUACUUUACCGCAACUCGCAGAUGAUGGUACUCCUAUCAUUAAGCACCACUAUGCUGGAGAAGCUAUUAUGGGUACUCACAGAAAUCAAGCACCAUAUGUUGUAUUUGUUAUUACGAAUUCCUUAGGGUUCUCCAUGUCAGUUUACAUGAUUUACAUGCUCACCGUUGAUUUCCCUUUGAUACGCGAAUUGUAG